CAGGAGGGGAAGCAGCAGCAGCAGCAGCAUCUGCAGGGUCGAAGCCCUGGAGAGCCACCAAAGGCGCCAACGACGCCACGAGAUCCAGCGGGUACGCGUCCAUUGGUGGGCAUUGGUGGGGGAGAAGGAGAGAAAGGACUGGGCCGCGGGGAUAUAGCUGUCCGCCGUGGUGCGUGUGCUGCGUGAGCUUCCUCUGCCACCAUGGCCCCCUCCCAGCACUCAGACGACAGCCUCGACGCAGCUGCCUCUGGCGACGACAGUCCCCAGGCCUUCUUGCCGGCGCACGCCUCCACCUUCCUCAAGAUCAAGUGCCUCCUCAGCUCCUCCAGCAGCUUCUUCUCCAACCCCUUCAUCUCCCACACGCCCUACGAAGAGAUCAACGCCCAGCUUCUCAACGACUUCCAUCCCGCCUGCAACAGCUACAAUCCCACCUUCCAGAACGUCCCCUACCUCGUCCACAUCAGCCACCUCGCCUCCACCAUCUGCGUCCUCAGAAAGAACCCUCUCGAUCGAUGCUUCUCCAAAAGAUUCAUCAGCUUUCUCGUUAGCCCUCAAACGACUGAUGCUGCCUCUGCUGACGACUCCUUCCACAACGACUACCUCAAAUUGAGAAAGCUCAACAACAGAAACGCCAUGGUUAUCUCCUGCAACAGCGCUGUCGGCACCACCAAGUCCUUUGAAAUAUCCUCCAACAACAGGAAACGAAAGUACAAAAAAAUCACCGACAAAACCUCUUACAACGAUGCUGACACUACCUUGCUGCCCUCCUCUCCAGACCAGAACAUCAUCCUAAAGAUCCUUCCUCUUAACGAAGUCGCCCUAAAGAAACUAUUUGACGUCGAAAUCUAUAACAACAAACACAACUUCAACCUCUUCAAAUACUACCAUCUAAACCACCUAGAUCUACUCACCACAUCUUCCUCAAACACUUCUCUCAAUCUACUAAAAAUCAAACACCACAUCUACUCUCAAAUAAACUCCACAAACGACUUUGCUAAAAUCAAAAUACCUAAAAAACUACUAGAGUUCUACAAAUUCGACAUCAAAAAACCAACUCUUAUCGAUGACAACGACAGACUCAAUGACUUUCUCCUAAAAAGAAACAAUUCCUCUUCCUCUUCAUCUUCUUCAUCUUCUUCAUCUUCUUCGGAUUCCCCCUCUUACAACGAUUCCCAGAUCUUUACCUCAAUCUACUUUAACGACAACCUCACCCAAAGCCACUUUAAAAUCAACUUUAACGAAAACUUCAACAACGACUACAAUCUCAUUGCCACUGAAAACGACAAAAACAUCUUCCAAAAGUUCUUCAACAACUACCUCAACCCUCCUCUCCUUCCCUCAUCCGAUCACAUCUACCAGCAAAUCUUCAAAAACUACUACCUCUUCCAAAACAACCUCGACCUACAUCUAAACAUCAACUCCUACUUGAAAACGGCAACCCUAUCCUCAAACUUUGGCUUUCUCGACUAUUGGUUCAUCAAUUCAGACUACUACGAUUCAAUCUACCCCUACAAUCAAGAAAACGACUCCCUCCCUCUCACCAUUCCCAACCACAACAUCUCAACAAAUCUACUCUUCAACAUCAAAAUCAUCGACUUCAAUGACCACGACCUACGAUACCUCGCUCCAAUAAAAGACCUCAUGCAAACCAACCAUCUCAAGGCCGCUCAAAAUGAUAAAUACUCAAAAAACGUCAAAUCCAUCUCAAAAUCUGUCAUAGACAACAUCCCGCAUCCACCAAUCUCCUCCCCACAAACCCAAAACUUCAACCACUUGUACCAAAUCCAAUCUGAUAUCUCCUCCGAUACUGAAACCUUCGACCCCUUGGACCACGAUUCAGACAUCAGCGAUGAAGACGAUGAACACAACAUCAACAUCAAAAGACUCCUCAAGGAAAAAAAAUCCCUAAAAGAAAUUCACUACUCCAAUGAACUAAGACAAAAACUAAUCAACUUCUUGCUAACUGUCAAACUACAAAAAUGGUUCAAACUAAAACCCUUCAACAACAUCUCCUUCUUUAAAAACUUCCUACUCUGUCUAAUGUGCGACCACUGUCUAAAAUACCUAUUGGACAAUUUCAUCUUCAUGGAAUGGGACUUGUCUGACAUUCGUCAUUUCGAUACAACCACAAAAAUGAAUAUAAACAACAACGUCCUAUUUGAAAACCUAAACCAACUAUUCCUUAGAAAUCAAAACACUGAUUUCGGCAUAAAUGACGUCAACAUUUCAAAACAAGAAAUAGAUAUGAUUCUAGAAUCUCUAAAAUACCCAAAAGAACACUUUUAUCAAAAAUACCAAAUCAAUAGCGAAAAUAGUCAACUAGAUGAAAAAAAUUUAAUCGACCCCGAUUAUUCAAACCAUAAUGACAAGUUUAUAUUAAACGAUCCAUCCAUUUUUAAUUAUCUCAUUGAUCAAAACUCUGAACUAGAACUAGACCAAGAAAAUGAAAAUGAAAAUGAAAAUGAAAAUAAAAAUGAAAAUAAAAAUGAAAAUGAAAAUGAAAAUGAAAAUGAAAAAACUAAUGAUAAAAAAAAAAUCUUUGACAAAUUCAAACUACUAGUAAGUCUCAACAAGUCCACAGGCGAACUAAACAUUAUCAAGUUUUUUGAUUCCUACAAUUACAAUUUCUACAAUAAUCAUAUGAACGAUUUGGAAGAAUCAACUUUCCUAACUUUCAAAGCUGUUAACCAAAAUCAAGGAGCUGAAAGUUAUCAACUAUGCUAGAUUUUUAUGUUUUAGUUAACCUUAAAUAAUAUUUUUCCACUUUUAUUUCAUUUAUAUUUCAUUUUCAUUUCAUUUUCAUUUCAUUUUUUUUUUUAGGCAGUAUUUUAAUUUGCA